AUGGACGAAAAUAUGGUAGAAAACGAACAAUACGAUGUCGAUAUGAUCGACUCGUUGGGAUUCCCAAUCAAUACAGUCAUAGAAGAUGAGCCACAAGAUACCACAGACGCAGACACGCCAACGAACACAAGACAAGUCAAUUGGAAACGCCGACCAGCGUUGGAUCCAGCCAACAGGGCGCAGAUGCACAACUUCUCAACAAAUACAGCUAGAGAAUAUAGAGAUCUACAUGUAAUGCAUCGCAUAUAUACUAUAUGUGAAAAUAUGGCAAUACAGGAUCCAGAAAGUAUAUACUCGCUCUUCCUAGAAAGACUGAAAAGCAGAAUUAAACUUGAAAGAAAUAGUGAUAGGCUAGAACUGCUAUCAGCUGUGCUUUAUUACCUUGACCAAAGGAGAGCUAACAGAACUGUAGUUGUUAGGGAUGUACUUGCCAAGUUGGCUAACCAUUGCCAAAAUGUCAACAUCAGGACAUUUGUAAAGGAAGUAUCGAACGUAUGCGCAGAACUCAAUAUCAACCAGUUGCCAGUAGUACCAAAUCUAAACCUAAUCAGAGAAAUGAUGGACGAACUUAUCAUUGGACUCGGAAGGGAUGAACCAAGCAAUGGAAUCCCAAACGAUUCCGGGCAACCUCCAUGUACACCUGAAGUGAAAAAAAUGAUAAACGAAAUAUACAAUGCUUGCUCUGUUGAUGAUGAUUUCUAUGGAUUCAGAUUUAUAAAUGACGAUCCUGCGGAUGAUCUCAGCGUAACUGAUGAUACUGCAACACAUAGCUCAUCACAAAUGCCGUUCAACAUAUCACCUCAGAGGAGAAGAAGGCUAGCCAUUAUACUCAAUCAGAAUUACGACAGGAUAUGUGAUUAUACAUUGAGGUUAAUAGCUUUGACUGAUAUAUACGGAUACCAUCUAAAUGUAGAUUUCUUAGACGCACGGUCGAGAGCCAUGUUCCAUUGCAGAAAAACAUUCCUGGCAUCACUUCUAUAUCUUGCUAUAUCAGUAGUUGGAAUAAAAGUACAACAGAGAUUUAUGCUGUAUACAUGGAAAGCGGUACGCUCCAGUUUCUACAGAAAUUAUGACACGUUACUACUGCUAAUUGGUGGAAUAUUGUGGAAUAAAUACAGCGUCAUUGUUAACUCAAAAACGUUACUAUUCAGGUUCUUGAGGAUCAUGCUAGAUAAAAUAGAACCCGCAGUUGUUCAGCACUGCGCAAACGCCGUAGCAUACGAUGUGAGGAAAAGAUAUGAUGAAACAGUACAGAGACAUAACUUGAUUAGGGAUGCUUAUUCUGCACUAAAUGCAUCGAUGCCAAGGGGAGAAGGGGAUACUUACGAAGUAAGGAUCGUGAGAAAUGUCUUAGGGCUAGGCAAAAUGCUUGAAGAUACUAUCUGGAAAACACACAACCUACCGGAUGAUUAUGAUUCGAGAAGACUAGCUCUGGGAGAAGCUCUUGCCGCUUCUAGGAAUGUGUUGUCUCCAAAGGUAGAUUGUAAUGCCAUGGGCUGCGUUUUCAGCGAGGGGGAGUCAUGUUCAUCCGGAACACACGAAAGUUGUGACACGAACGAAAACGCAAUCGAGGGCGAGGAGAACUGUGACGAAUGCGGUGAUGCGCAUCAGCUAGAAUUUCAACACAUACAUCGUUUAGUUGUCAUGCUCGGGAAACUAAUGGGACUGGCAGAAAACCAAUAUGGGUAUCACCGUGAACAAGACCAAAGUUUCGACGCCACUGUAUUCGAAAUUUUGACUUACAUCCUGGAAGCAUUGAAUGAUGAAGAUGCCCACCUUACUAGUGGAAUCAGAAUAUCUUGCGAACCUACCAAAGAAAGAUAUGUAGUCUUAUGGAAGCAAGGCAAUAAAAUGAAAACGACCAUAUUCUCAACAAGACGAUACGGACAGAAACGAGCCCAAAGUAUGGCAAUAGCAUUCAUGAGGGGGUUGGCAGCCGCCCUCAGGGAUCGCGAUGGAUAA